AUGACGACUGAAACUUUGGGUUCUGCGGCAUCACGCAGGUCUACAAUGGACAAUAUGUGGGAACAAGGUGAUGACAUGUGCUACACUGACCUACUGAAUGGACAAGGUUUCCAUGGAAAUAUGCAACCCAGGAGCGAAGAGGUUGAAGGAGUGGUCGGUCAGUGUCAGCCUGCGUUGCCUAAAGCGUUAGGAAGACAGUCAGUUUGUCGAGGGAGAGGUGCUUCGAAGAGGAACAAAAACUUCUCCAUUUCUGAGGAUGAGGUUCUGUGUUCUGCUUAUCUAAACGUAAGCAAAGAUCCAAUAGUUGGAGUGAAUCAGCCUGUAGGUUGUUACUGGUCCAGGAUGGAGCAAUGGUACAAUGAGCACAAGAAGACAGCACAGGCAAUAACCAUGUCUUCAUUGCAGCAUAGAUGGGGGGACAUCCAAAGGGACACAUCAAGAUUCUGUGGCUUCUUUGCUGAAGUUGAAAGAAGGAAUGCAAGUGGCAAGAGUGAAGAUGACAAGGUAAAAGAUGCUCUGGAAAUGUACGAAGGCAUUGUUGAACAUCCUUUCAAGAUGAUUCACUGCUGGUACAUGCUCCGGAACGAGAUGAAAUGGAACACAUAUCUGCAAUCCAUUUCUGCGGCCUCAGCAGUUCCACAAGACAACCCUCCCGCACCAGUGCUUGACGACACACUACCAGCAAGGAUUGAGAGGCCAAUGGGGCGGGACAAGGCAAAGAAGCAACAUAGUGGCACGUCCUCAUCGAGCUCUUCUGCAUGUUCAGAGGUGUUGCAAAAACUUUCAAUGGACCAGUAUGCCCAGGCUGAGAGGGCCGAGGAAGCAAACAAGCGUGAAGCUAUGGACUUCGCUUCUAGGUCAGAAAGGAAGCUUCGUAUCCAGGAGCAGCAAUUGGAGCUUUCGAAAAGAUCAAUUGUGCUGCAAGAGAAGAUGAUCCAGUUGUAG